GUCUCUCCUCAUGGCCAGCGGGCGUUUUCCAGGCAAGAGUGCAGAUGUGGCCAUCAACAACUGGACCGCUCCAUCUCAGGGCAGACCGCUGUGUGUCAACGGGACCCCUGCUUUACCUGCUUGAGGAAUGUGUGGACAACAUCUGGGAGUACUGCAGCGUUGUGAUAGGACUCAUAUCCAUGUUCUGUUUUUUGUUGUCCACGAUACCGCAGGUCUAUGAGGCCUAUCGGAAUGGAAGAGUGGAGAAGGCCAUGUCUUUUGGGUUUCUCAUCUUCCUCCUCAGUGGAGACCUGACCAGCUUCGCUGGAUGCUAUCUCACUAGCCAGCUGCCCAUUCAGGUAGUCACAGUGGUGUUUUACAUCUUCACUGACCUGAUUCUCAUCUCCCAGUUUCUCUACUAUAAGAUCAAAAACAGCUCCAGCAGAAAAAAUCCCGCGCUGAAGUGGGUGUGCUUCAUGUGGUGUGGCACUGGGACAUUAGCACUCCUGGCUCUACCCAAGCUCAUUAUAGACAAUGGUUCACAUUUAAACACUCAGAGUCCAGCCAGCUCCAAAUCAGUGGAAAUCACUGGUUAUGUAUGUGGAUAUUUGGCAUCUGUUUUCUACCUCUGCUCCCGUUUUCCACAAAUCCAUAAAAAUUACCAGCGACAGUCUACAGAGGGCACCUCCUACCUGCUGUUUGCCCUGGCCAUGAUGGGUAAUGGAACGUAUGGGCUGAGCAUCAUAGUUGUCCUUCCGGCAUUAAAGGGCUCCAAACAGACCUUCAUCAUCAAACAUCUGGCCUGGCUCAUCGGCAGCCUGGGAGUCCUCAUACUCGACUGUUUUGUAACUGCCCAGUUCAUCAUGUACAGGAAGAACAUUUCUGCCAAAAGCAGUGCGCUACGCCGUAUCCCAGAGGUGGAACCUCUUCUGAGUGAGGAGGAGGAGCUGACAGUGUUGUAGGACAGAGAACAAACACCAGCAGCAAUUGGACUAUCAGUCUUUGUUUGGAGCUCUCAGGGGUCGCUGAACAUGAGUUUUAUUUUCUUUGGACACAAGAGGACAAUCUCCUGUUUAGUGUGUUAAUAAAGAAAGAAAGAGGAGGUAACAGUUUCCUUAACACUGGAGAUUAACUACCAGUUUAGAAGCUCUUCCAUAGUUUCUCUUUAGUCUGGCUUGCCUGCAUGACUUGGGUCAUUUUUGCACUUGGACCUCUUGAUUUUGUUUAUGGAUGGAAAAACUAUAUUUAAAAGCAAUCAGCGAGCUUCCAUGUUUAAAAUAGGGCUCUUAAAACCAAUUAGUCAUUUAUAAAAUGAAGCCUUUGCCAAUGCAUGCAUAACCUGAUGUAUUAACAUAUUUUUUAAGAUAGCAGGUAUCACCACCAAAAGCCCACGAAAGCAAAUUUUCCAGAUGCUCCCCUAGUAAGCACAGUGUGGAAUUACAUUGGUUUUAUCUCACUGUGUUGCCCUGUAGCUAACCCUUUACAGCCAUACGAGGCAACGCUGUGAUAAAAAGAACCAACUCUGAUGUUUUAAUGUGAAUCUGAUAGUGUUAUAUAAUGUGAAACAGGAUUUUUCGUGUUUAAUGUUGAAGGACUAGUGGAUUUCUUUGCUUUGCCUUCUCUUUGUCCUCCAGGAGAAACAGUGUAUACCCUUUAAAAUUGUUAAUAGUCUUAAUAUAAAUGCACUGCAUAAACACAUCAGUGUUUUUAAGGUAAUGUGAAUCAGAUUGUUAAAGUAGAUAAUAACUUAAGGAACUGUAUUUCUUAAAAACAGCAGUGGAACUGUUUGUCCUUCCAAAUCUUCCAAGUCCCUGAUUAUGACCUCCCUGCAGAUGUCCUCUCUUAAGUUUCCGUGUGCUGGCAUGGUCUUUUGUAACAUUUCACGACGUUUAUUAAAAAAGAAAGAAGACACGUUCAAUGACGUUACCUAAAAAUAGGAGCAUUAUAAAAUUAGUCCACGUGUCUAAUCUGUCAUCAGGUUUGUGGGAGAGAGUAUGCUCUUGUCAAGCCAAAUUUAUUUUCGUUAUUUCAUAGCGUGUCCUUAUAAAGUAUUGAUUUAGACUAAUGCUAAAAAUAAUAAUAAUAGUCUUAAUAAUAUUAGUUAAUUCAUAGUAAAUUAGUUAUUAGUAAAUUAUAUUCUUUCUCCUGACAGAUGGUUUUGUCAUACAGUAUGUAUGUGGCACAGUCACUUUUACCCUGAUCAUCUGUUUAACUUCAGUUCUGCAGAUUUCUCUACCUCAGGCAAAUGUGGGCGUCUUUUUGUGUGUAAAAAAACAUUAGUCAUUAGUCGCAAAUUCAUUUGCAAAUAUGCAAUAAUAACUUAUUCACUAAUAAUUCAGUACUUCUAUUGAUUUGUAUUUUCAAAAUGUUCCUGUUUCUCUAAUUGUUUUUGUAUUGAAUAUAUUAUUAGGACCUAUUGCUGCUACAGACUGUAGAACAUGUAUAUAAGUUGUUAAGAUGGGUUUAUUUUAUUUCCUUUUCUAAUCUUCCAUUGUGUUGCCUUUUAAUAAAUGUGUAUUGUACCAAGUUUAAAUAACUCCACUGUAUCCUUAUAAAAUAUACUGUGAGCUGUUUUGAUUGAAAGAAAUCAAGAAUAUGGUCUCAAA